GCGAGCCGUCCUGCAUCUGUAUCAACGACGUCGACAUCGAGAUCGAGAACGGCACAUACCGUGUCGGUUGAACCUCAUCGCACUUGGGGCAGAUCCUUCGUGAUUUCAGAUCCUUGUGAGUUAUUUAAAUGCGAGAAUAAUGGUGAAUGCAUACCGGACGUGACUCGUCCGUCCAAAUUCCGAUGCAAAUGCAGCAAAGAAUACGAAGGCGAACUCUGCGAAAAAUGUACGCGAGUUUUUUCUUUCAGGGACAAUUUUCGCUUAUCCUUUUCCUCAUUUACUUUUUAUUGUCUGCUUUUUCUCUUACUCUCUACUAGGCAACUAUGA